AUGGGUUGGUCACUUGCCAGACUUAGUAUAUAAGUCAGUGUGACAAACAGGCAGUUAUAUCAACAGCUUUCAGACAUUCUUGGUACAGCUAAAGCCAUCCUAGUAACUGCACAAUGAAGAUUGACACUAACAAGAUGAAGGACCUCUAUGACACCAAUGGCUAUCUGACAUCUAUUAAUGUAUUAGAUGAGAUGGAAUUGCACCAAGCCCAGAAGGAGCAUGCAAAGCUGGAAGAAAAGUUUGGUAAAGAGUACACUCAGUACAGUCUACACAAUAUCCACAUGCAGUAUGAGUGGGUGAUGAGUCUAGCAACCCAUCCCAAUCUACUGGAAGCAAUCACAGCUGUCUUGGGUCCCAAUGUCAUUCUUCUGGACUCAAGAUUUAUCUGUAAAUAUCCCUCCUCUGAGGUUCCACACAAAGAAAAUACUGCCCCUUAUGUUGCCUGGCAUCAGGAUAUCAAAUACUGGGGAUUUGAGGGAGGUCCAGUGGCUUCCGUAUGGCUGGCAUUUGAUGAUGUUGAUGCAGAAAAUGGAGUCCUACAAAUAAUUCCAGGGAGUCAUAAACAGGGUAUACUGGAGCACAAAAUUGCAGAGAUUCCCGGGAACAUGCUGACAGCAAACCAGGAGAUUCCAAAGCACUUGGUGAAUGUAGAAGAUUUGGUUGAUUGUCCACUGAAAGCUGGUGAAAUGUCUGUGCAUGAUGGUCUUACUGUUCAUGCCAGUGAACCCAACAUGUCUGAGAGGAGAAGAUGUGGAUUUGUCAUCCGCUAUGUUCCUACCACAGCCUAUCCUAUUGAGGAUCCAGAACGUCCUAGAACCUUUCCUGCAACUGUACUGGUGGCUGGAACAGAUGAAUAUAACCAUUUUAAAGACAACGCUCCUAAUUUCUUCACCAAGACAUUCUAAUUUCUUGCUACAUACAUUAGGAACCGGACCCCCAUCUUGUUUGCCAAUCUUUGAAGUAUCCUUUUCCAUAUUUCUUUCUGUUAUUUCAACUUCAUAUAUAUCUUCUCUCACUCCUCUCCCUCUAACAACUUGGUAAGUCCAACCCCAUAUGGGGGCACCUGGUUCCUUCUUCUAUCAUAGUCAUACCUGUAAGAUUGUGUGCUAAUUGUAAACAUUUACCUGCUGUGUUUGAAUUGCUUAAUUUAGGACCUAUGUCCUGAUAAGUUCUAUGUAUGUCUUUAACUAUAUCAUACAGAUAGGAGGAUCUGCAUACGAUAUACACUAGGGUGAAUGCAUCUGCUUUGUCACAUUUGUCUUUCUUUUCGUUAUCCUGUAUACUGAGCAUAACCCUGCAAUUUGCAACUUUUACUUAUACGAUAAGCCCGAGGGACACAUUCUAUGAUAGGAAACCAAUGUGGAGACAUUGUAGCUUGAACUUGAGAGCUGUAAUACUACAUUGGUGUUUGUAUAAAUAUGGUUGCACUUGACGUCGCCAAAAUGACUAUUUUGUAUUGUUUGUAUUAAUUCACAGUGUUUGAAAAAGGUCAUUGUUUGGACCGAAACGUCACCUGAAUGU